AUGGCUGAUACAUAUUUACGUUGCGACGAAUGCUAUAAAAAGUUUAAAACAUUUCAAGCGCUUGUUAAGCACUUUGAGAAAAGCCAUGCAAACAGUCAAGUUCCGAAAAGAGUCUUUUUCUUUCAUGACGAUAAAGUAGUGCAGCUGGUAGAAGCUCAAGCAAUCAGAUCUCCCGCUGUACAAGGCGAAUAUAAAACGUGGUUGACAGGAGUUGUGGAACGCUUGAAUGGAAUUCACCAUCAGAGGCAUAAAAGUAAGUUCAAUCUAGUAGCAAAAGUGGGUAGGCGGGGUAAUACAUUAAGUUGGUUUUGAAGGAAAACUUAGGAGGGAGGUAAAACUCACGUGCACACGUGGCUGAUUUGCGUUAAUUCAUGCAUCAACGCGUUUUAUAAACUGGCAUUUGGCUUCAUUGUGUGUUUAUUUUGGCAUUGUCCUCUUCAAGUAAAAGAAAAUGCUUAAGUGCAGAUAAUCUUGAAAUAUGAUUGCGCUACUGACUUAACUUAAAUCAUCUGAUUGUAUACACUAGAUUGGUGGGUUGAAGGCUUUGCGCUGCUUAACAUCGUGGUAUUUUGGCGAACAUUGUAACUUUCAAAAUUCAGAAUUACACUACACCCGUUCGAAUUCUUAAUAGUCAUACAUUUUAAGUGCAAGACUGAUUCUUCCUUCGUAAACAGCGAAUGUGAAUUUCUCGUUUACUCUACUAUCAGCGCGUGCGUUUAUUUGCCGGUAAAGCACUUGCAUAAAUGAACCCUUACUACUAUGGAAUAACAGCCCCACCCAAUAACGCUAAAAGUUCACAGGAAGGCUCAUACAGUUUGAUGCGCAGUGAGUUAUUAAAUUGAAACAUAUAAAUAACGUUUUCUCUUUCACGAUUUUCUUCCACAGGAAAUUGGCAAACUUUAGAAUUCAACAUGGUUCCGGCGAAAUAUUUUCAGCAGUUACUAAAAGACCUCAAAAAUCCACAACCCCAUGCUGUUAGGAGCCAGCACCAUUGGCGGGCGCCUAUUUUCAGUUCCUCCACAAGAAAAGUCACUUACCGCUUCUUUGACCUGACCGAAUUUCAUGAAGCCUUCGCAAGACAAAACAUUCUUUCGCUAAAAGAACGAGUAAGAUGGAACGGGCAACUAGAAAUAACAGAGCGCGAUGAAGAGGAGUAUGAUCCCAGACAAGCCCUCCUUGCUGCCAAAAGCAAAGCCCAUGGAGGGGCACCGAAAACCAGGAUCACAUGC